UGCAUGCAGUGGGACCCAUCAUGAAUGGUCGGUCGGUGGAACUGGUGGAAUGCCACCGCCGUUAGCUUCCGCUGAUCUCCGCGUCCAUGGGAAAAGUCAGGCAAGAAGUGCCCGAUUCCCGACGUCGUGGGUACCUGCCAUUGGCCUCGCUACCAUGCUGGCUACAAUUUCCUGUGCAUGCUUGUUGCACUUUGACUGUCCAGCAAACCUUCCCGUGUUGUCCCAUGCCGCCGAGUACUCCCCAGAGUACUAUAUCUUUGCAAUUGGCAUGAACUGCACAGCGUAUUGCAUGUACAUUUCCACGCAACGCUUUUCGAACGUCCUUUGCCGACGUUUGACGAAAUUCAGAGGGGUUUUGCCACGUCUGUAUCGUGGCGUGGCCAUUGUGACCACAAUGGCGUUGGUCGUCCUAUCCAUCUGCGACUCCAUUCGAUUCCCAGACGCCCAUGUCGUGUCAACUAUCGUGUUCUUCGUGUUCGCUUGGGUGAAGAUUGCUUUAGCCCACAUUGGCCGCCACAAUCUCGAGCCUUUCCACGGAGCUCAGUCGCCAAAUGUAGAUGCUAUCAUUGGAAGCUGGCUCAUUGGGGUUGGGCUUGCGUCGUCUUUCACAUUCGGCUGUGUGUACUUGGCCCGUCGCCACUUUGCCACCAAAUCGUUUGCGUUUGGAAUUGCCUUCGAAUCCUCAAGUGAACUGGUCGCAAUCCUGUGCCAGCUCUUGUACAUGGGCACGCUUCCCGUCGAUUCCGUAGUCGACGCCUCGUCCAUCAAGGCCACAUCGAAGGCCCAUCGCAACUAACAUAACAUAUUCCCUGCAUGGCAGACACUGCCAUGUAUUACUCC